CAGCGCGCGCAGGCAGUGAGUCCCGGGAAUCAGCGACUCGCGGGGAAUUUGGCUUUGUAAGGGUUCUGCGGGUCUGAUCGCAUAACUGCUUUUCCACAUUAUAUCAACAUGUGGAACCAAGGCGGCUACAGUGAGUCCAGCAUGGGCGGCGGGUACACACAGUCUCCGGGAGGCUUCGCUUCCCCUGCCGCAUCUCAAGGCGGUGAAAAGAAAGGGAGAACGCGAGCGCAGCAGAUCGUUCCGUGCACGGUGUCCCAGCUCAUGACGGCCAGCCAGGCGGAGGACGUCUUCAGAGUGGGAGAGGUGGAGAUCGCGCAGAUCACCUUGGUGGGCAUCGUCAGAAGCAUGGAGAAGUCAAUGACCAACAUCCAGUACAAAGUGGAUGACAUGACCGGGCCUCCCAUGGACGUCAAACAGUGGGUGGAUGUGGAGGACCCCAGUGUGGAGAGCACAGUCAUCCCCCCGGGGACGUAUGUCAAGGUUUCCGGGAACCUCCGCUCCUUCCAGAACCACAAGUCGGUGGUGGCGUUCAGCGUCAGGCCCCUGGAGGACAUGAACGAGGUGACCUCACACAUGCUGGAAGUGGUGCGCGCCCACAUGCUGCUCAGCAAACCACAGAGCACGAUGGGCGGAGGAGGCAUGAACACCAGUAUGGCGACCGUGCCGCGCCCCGGCAUGGCGGGCUUUGGAGGCAUGGGCAGCGGGUAUUCCGGAGCCAGCGACACGUCGGCCAACGGGCUGAGCGCCAGCCAGAACCAGGUGUUGCGCCUGAUCAGGAGCUGCCCGGACCCUCAGGGCAUCAGCUUACAGGAUCUGAAGCAACGACUGAGUGGCAUGAGUGCGUCCGUCAUCAAGCAAGCCGUGGAGUUCCUCAGCAACGAAGGCCACAUUUUCUCCACCAUCGACGAAGACCACUUCAGAUCCACAGACAACGACGAGUAAAGAGCUCUAUCCCCAAGAACCCACCAUUUCGCUCCACAGAAAUACAAUUCCCACAAUGCAUCGCUUUUUCUCGUCCGGUGACUGAGGCAGUGUAAGUGGUCUGGGUGGUUCUGGAAGCUGAGACUCCAGAUCGUACCAGUGAUUCCUGUGUUUUGUUCUCACAUCCUGUCUUGCAUCAGCUGUGUGACUCCCGAGAGGAGGAGGAGCUUUUGGCACGCUCAGUGUCAUUUUGCCUACGUCUGAAUUAAGGUGUUCGGUUCUAAAGGAAAUCAGAUUUCUGGUGUUUUCAUAAUAGUCUAU